AUGGUAAAUAUCCACAAUGCUUACUUCAUUUUGACCGACUUUUAAAGCAUGUUUUAUUAAAAACCUUAUAAUAAUAUUCCGUAAGAAAUUCCAUAUAUCACCACUGAUUUUAAAAAUUUGGAGAUAAAAAGCAGUCACAUUCAGUUUUUAUGGCGAAAUUGUUAAAAUAGAAAUGCUCAUUUUAGUUUGCGGUUAUUGUCGAUGCUGGAUCAACGUCAUCCAAAAUAUCAGUUAUAACAUGGCGGGAUUGGCCUUUCCGCACAAACGAAUGGGUUGAGGAAAUAAACCAUACAAUAGUUGGUAAGCGCUUUGUGGUUGUAUUUUGAUUCUGAAGUAGAUAGCUUUUUCCUAUCAGAAUUCGUAAAAGAAAAGCACGCAUACGCAGCGGCAAGCAAAACAAUAAAGGUACUUAUACAACUUUUCCAAGCAACUAACAUAUCACUUUGGAGCCUAAAGCGAAACCAUAUGUUGGCAUUGUGAACAUACAUUUAUUUGACUGCAGAUGUCAGCAAAUACUGCUUCUUCCAGCACGCUAAAUGAGAACGACCGCAAACACAAAAUACAUAAUUUUAUUAGCCCUGUUUUCUUUGUCCUUAAAUCAUUUUUAGUUGGCAAACUUUCCAUAUCCUGGGAUGGCGACAUAUCUUCUUCAUUACUCAACAAUAGUUCUGCAGUAAAACUAUACGGAAAUAUAUGACCGUUUUUGAAAUAAAGUCCAUCUUUAAAAUAUUUAUGUAAAUUACGCCACAGAAAACAUGCAGUCCAUGGAAGUUUUUAAACACUGUACGAAGUUUUAUUUAAGUUAAAAACGAUAUAAUUAGUCAAAGUGUUGUCUGCUGUAUAUUAUAAUGACUGCUUCUUCUUUAUCAUAGAGCCCGGUAUAUCGGCAUACGCAGAAGAUCCUAAAGAAGCUUCAGACAGGCUGGUUCCAAUCCUAAAACAAACCCUUGAGUACAAUGUACCUGCGCUUGAGGGCUCAAAAACGUCGCUUUAUCUUGCAGCAACUGCAGGAAUGCGAUUGCUAGAGUGAGAAAUUGUAAACGUUGCCUGAUAUGACAGUUUUAUUGGCACAUAGACAGGAUGCUGUCUAAAUUAAAGCGUUCUCCAUUUAUUAGUAUUUAAGUUUUAUUAAUUGUUGUUGUCUAAUUUACAGUUAAGAUACAUUGUGGGCAUUCUCAUGCAAAAACAAGCAUAAACCUUUUAGAAAAUUGACAAUUUUCAAAUUUAUGUUAAUGUUGCCAAAUUUACUUCUGCUAAAAGCAACUUUUACUCAGGUAUCGUCACAUUUGCCCCUGUAGUAACGAGUAUCCUAGGCAGAACAAAGGUUUUACGUCCAUAGCAGAACUUGGUGCUUCAGAAACAUUUUCCAUAUCAUAAGACAGCCACGGGUUGGUGGUCACCGGCAGCAAAUAAGACAAACAUAAUCCGCCCACAGAGACUGAUCCUUAUUACUAUUGAUGAACUUGUCAAGAGAAUGAAUAUUUUACUUGCACUUCUUUGCCUAGCCUAAACAAUCCGUUGAAGUCUGCUGAAAUCAUGGAAAGUUUGCGUCAAACUUUGCCUAACAUCGGUGCAGUAGUGCAUAAUGUCUUUUCGGAUAUUCGGAUAAUUAGUGGCAGUACGGAGGGACGCUACGGAUGGGUUGCUGCAAACUAUCUGGAUCGAAAGUUAGGCGACGUAAGUGUUUUUAAUUAAUCUUAAAAACAUCUCAAUUAGAAAGGACUUUACCGUGUGUCUGUUAUCCCAAAAUUCAUGGAGAAAAAUGUAUCAAAUCAGUGAGUGAAACAGGACGAUGGCAGGCAAUAUGCUAAGACGCCAUAGUUUUAUUGUACUACUGUGGGAGUUUUACCAAAAUCUCCAUUAUUUUGCCUGCGAAAUAAACUGUAAGGUCCUUAGAUUAUAAAACCUUGAACUAUAGUCAAGUUAUUUGCGUAGAACUGACCUGUAAUAAUAUCUUUUAAAUGGACUGAUUCCAUAUCAUUAAGUGUCUCAGAAGUCUGUUCUCAAUGAGUUAGGUGAUUACACAAAAGGAUGACCUAUCUUAGAGGAAAUGCGCAAUAUCAAUGUUAAUUAUACAAAUGUAAAAUUAAAAGGACAACAUGCAGUUUGCACAUUUUGGUAUACGUUUACUAAAGCUGCAUAUGGACCGUUUUAUGGCAGAUUAAAAGUGCUUGGUUUCAAUAUUUAUGUGAUUAUAACCCAACUUUAUAUUAACUUCUGUCAUGGAAAUAUAUAGUUCGAGAGACUUAAUUAAACGAGUAACCGUUUUCAAUUAAAAAGAUACACACACGCCAAAAUGCAUUACGAAUUUUUUUAUUGAGCAUGCAGCUGUUCCCUACGCGGUCCGAGUGAAAAGUGAUAGUUUUGACGAAUUUCCAAAAGUGGGGCCUUCCGAAGGUACAUGAGGAUCCACGAUUUUGCUGUAUUUCUAAUCAAAUAAAUAAUAAAUUUUCUUAAGAUUUUUUCGACUACCAAAUGAGUCUUACUCCAAUCAAAACACCUCUUUUCGAUCAAACACACAUGAAGCUGAGUUUAAUGAGUUCCACCCCUGUACAAGUUGUUUUAAACGGAAAAAACCUUUUUGAUACAGCCUUCAGGAUUGUCACCAGAGAGCGGAGACAAAAUGAGUGGAAUGCUUGAUCUCGGUGGCGCCAGUACGCAGAUUGCAUUCGUUCCGGAGAAAGGACGUCCGUCGCCACACAUUUCGUCCAUCAAUUUGUUUGGCGCAACCUACGACGUUUACAGUUACAGUUUUCUGUGUUUUGGAAAAGAAGCCUUUACAAGACGAUAUUUAGCGUGGCGGAUCGCCUUGACGGUCAAUGUUUCAUCGGUAAUUUUUGAUUUAAACUGCUGUUCUGAGGAACGGUAUUUUAAGAUAUAAAUAGAAUCCGACAGGAAUGAAACUGUAGCUGUUCAAUGUAGCUUCAAAUCUGCAACUCCCUCAGGCUUAUUUAACUAUUUAUCCUGAUUGGCUUUUCGGAAGUGAGAGUAACACUCUGCAUUUAGAAUGUAUCCCUCGUCAAACCAAUGCCAACGAAGGCGAGGCACAUGAAUUCUGAUUUUAAAUUACAAAUUUACUCGGAAUAUUAAUUUUAACUGGAAAUUCAGUACGAAUCCUGGUCCGUAGACUGACUUCCAGUCUCUUAUACUAAGUCAGGUAAGUGAAUAAUACAAAGAUACAUUCCCUGUCUUAAGUAUAAGCACAGGUCAAAGGAUAAUUUUAUUUAUUAAGAUAAAUCUGCGUCUUUGUACUUCACAAUAAUCAAACGACCAGAGGAUUUGUCGUGUUUGGUCGACAGCUGUAGUGUGUUUGCUCACUAGUUGGACUUCAGGCAGAUUAUUUUGAAGCGAAAAGUUGAUCAUCUAGACCUCUGCAUUUUUUGCAAGUGGACCUCUCAAAUCUUCAUAUCUAAAUAAACUACCAACUACGUUUGCCGCCCUCUUUCGAGAGGAAUUUUAGUAAGUGCAGUGGACCUAAGAUUGGUGCUUUAAAUUCACUCGUAUAAAAUAUUAAGUCAAAUAAAGCCUUAUGGUCGUCACAGUAGUCAAACGUAUAGAAGCGCAUGUGAGGAAUAGGUUUGGACUUAUUAUUUAUACUAAAAAUUGGGAAACUCGAGUGCUUCGAUUCCCGUUGAAGGUAAAAACAACAAAAUCGAGUCACUUCUACAUUUCCUGCUGAACAGGAAAUUCAGAGAAAUAACGAGAAUAAUAGAAAUUAUGAGGGAAGUUCCGGUUAAGACCAUGCACAUUUCGGCACUGGAAGUAUUUGUGAACUGGUUUAUCGUUUAAGCUUCGGGAAUUAUUUAAGCGAAAUUUAGGAAGGUGUAGUCUGGAUGAAUCGCGCACGUCAUCCAUAAGUUUCUAGAGACACAUUAUCCCAAAACUAGCAAAAAGCAGACAUAAAAAUCCAAUUUGGCGAGCAUGCGUUAGCUUUUGAUAAAUUGUCUUCAGGCGUGAGGGGAAUUUUUUGAAAUCUAAUGUAUGCUGGACAAAUUACCUUUUAACUUCUUCAAUGGGAAUUUUCGCAACACUAAGACAGAUAUUAUUACGGCAUAAAAUUGUUGCCUUUUCAGCAUGAUAACUAGUAGGUUACGUGCCCAACAAAACGACAAAGGAACGGAUAAUCAGUCUUCUAUACUUCCCACCCGGCUGGAAUGCCACUGCUGUUUCCAACAGAUUGUCUAGCAGUACCUUGAAUAAUUCUGUUAUUUGACCGCAUAGGGCACGGUAAAAAGCGCCUGCCACCUUGCUGGUUAUCAGAUGGAAAUUGAUACGAGUGACAUAUUCGCACCACCAUGUGUCGCGACACAGUUUGCGGAGGAAUUAACAGGACUCGAAAUCGUCCCUCCAGAGGUACGUGUGUUUUUUAAACACUGCAACUCUUUCCCUGUCCUUGGAUAUAAGCUGUUUUAGUGAAUGCGGUAUCGUGUACUUAUAUCUAGAAGUACAAAACCAACCACGUCCAGAUGCACAAUAAAACUAGAUACCUCAAAUUGCGGUGACCUAUUAGAAGGCUUGUUUAUUUUUGCUUGUUGGACUUCCAGUUUUCCAGCUGAUCAGAGCUAUCGUACUGCAAAGCAGCUCGCUUUUUAAGUGCGCAAAAUGAGCGGUCUCUUCGGGUCAGGACAAACCUCUUAUGCUCUCGAAGGAAGGAGGAUUUGGAAUUAAUAAAUUCCUCAACUAUAAACUGGGCAUCGUAGAUUGUGGUUUACUCAUGGAGAAAGGGGGUCCGAAUGUAGCUCUCCGAUUCUCUUAGAAGGAUGAGUAAAUUGGAGACAUAUCGACAGGCUGAGCUGUAAAUAAACCACAACAACGAUCUAGGGUAACUGUCUUGGAAAGACAAGAGUAGGUAUCCUUCUAAUCAUUGUGAAAGCUCUCUUGGCAUGGCGCCGUGGAGGAAAUAAUAUAAAGUUGACCAGGUUUGUCAUUUUAAAUUGAGAUAGUCAGCUGCUGUUUAGCUAAUGUUUAUGCAAACUGAUAUCUGUUAUAAAGGUUUGGCCUUUUUUUAAUUAUUAAACAUCAUUAUAGGACUUACCACGGACAGUGACAAUUUUGGGCACCGGACAACCUACUGAAUGUCGCAAGGAGGUUGCUAGACUUUUCCCUUCAAAGGCUUGCACCCACAAAAGCUGCUCCUUCAUGAACGUAUCUCAGCCAUCACUUCGUGGAAAGUUUUUUGUAAGCGUCGAUUAAAAUCUGUUUUUGUUAAAUUUCGAAGUGUCAGUAACUAGGGUAGAAAAAAUGAGUACAUAAGUGAUAACACCAUCUGUAAACGCGUUAGUACAACGUGUCCUGUCAAAGCUAAAGCCCGCAUGUUUGAGAAAAAUAGAAAAACAAAGUAAAUAGAAAGUAAACUGCAGGCGAAAACCGAUAGCUGGAUGAAUUAUGCCAAAUUUAAAACGAAUAUUCGGAGGCGUUCGUAAGCAUGUGCAUUUAACAGGAAAUAUCUAACUUUAGAAUUGCUUCUAUACCACAACCUAAUAGAAACAUCCUUCCGCAGAGUUCUUGUUUAGUUGACCACACGUAUCUUCUAAAAAGUCUGGAGAAAUCACGAUCAACUAACAAAUGAAUUUUUAAACUUAACGGUCAAUCGUCUACUAAGAAUGAUUUGCAGGAACGCAAGAAUGAGGUACCAAGGAAGUUGUCAACGUCCAAUCAUUCCUCGCCGAUUUAUGCUACCUAUGCAUGUAGAAGAUUCACUUUAGAUUUGUUAAACCAAUUCGUAUGCAUUGUAGCAGACGCACUGAUAAUAAAUACGACAAUUUCGACACUAUGUCGAAUCAUAUUUUAAAUCUUGUCUAACCACAUUAUUGUGUUCCUCCUUUGGAAGGAAUUCCUUGGCCGAAAUUACUCCAACCGGACACUGAUGUCUGCCUUGGAGCAGUCAACAAUUACUCUUGCAUUUAUCCCUAUCUCACAGCUCACAGCUCUCUAGUCUCUGAAGUUAGCCGAUAGCAUAUUAUAGCUAAUGGCAGACCGAGUUGCUUAACCUACUCCUACAUCGUUGGCGGGUCUAGCGUAAAAUACAAUGACUGAAACGGUUGCAACUUAAGCCUAGACAGGUUGCCUAAAAAACAUUCAGUAAACCCAUUUGUCUGCCUCAUUUCCACUUCCAAACUGCCAAACCUGCGCGACGCUCACACUGACCAAAUCGACAUCGGUCACACUAAGCCCCUAGUAUCAAUAUUAAUCUUAAUAUGGCAAAUGGCAGAAGGAUCCGAAAUUCGUUCUCUUUCAAUGCAUAAUUUCCGAUAGGAAGAAAAUCGCAGCAUAUCUUCGAACACACCAUGCCACAUCGCGCUACAUCAGAACAUUCAAAUUAUCGAUCUAAUCCCAUAGGCAAUUCAAUGAAACUGUUUGUCGGUGAUUGCGACGGACGACGCACUGGUGUCUCUAACAUAGUGACUUUUAAGAUACUGCAUAUUUCCGAGUGUCAAAAUGACUUAAUCCAUGUUAGCUUAACUAGAAUACGCAUCUUUCAUUUUGGCACUGUUAGUAAUAUUGAUGUUUUGAAUUUAUUUUUUUACAUAAUUAAUGAAGAGAGAGCAGAUCAAGAACUAUCACUUUGCGGUUAUUUCUUUUAUAACACGUAAUCUUAGAGGACUGACACCUAUCAAAUAAUAUAUCGUAAGAUCUGCCGCCUAUGUUUGAUUCGUUUUUCGAUACAUUUAUAGGCUUUCUCAGGUUUUUACUACCCAAUCCAUUUCUACAAAUUUCCGACCGGAGGUUCAAAUUUAACCAGAAAACAAGUCCAGCAGGCCGUCGACAUGUUUUGUCGAAGAAACUGGAGUGA